AGUUAGUGGGGAAAUUCAAUUCAAGUCAUCUAACAAAUUCGAAAAACAAGCUCAACAGAGGAUCGUUAUUUUUUAGCAAUGUUUAUUAAAAUGUGAAGUUUAAAUUUUCUGCCGCGACUCCUUUUCAUCACAUUUUUACUUAAAAAUAUUCUUUCCAAUAUCAGAAACUUUCAUUUCGCCAUUUUUCUUUCCUAAUCGUAAUGAUCGCGGCUCCAAAUUAGAAUAACUUUCGAUUAUUUCUGUAAAAUACAUCUUUGAAGUUUAGAUAAAAAUUGCAGUUAUUAUUAACGCGUUUAUAAAUAAAAGUUAAAUUAUUAAAAAAAAAUUGUUUUAGUCAAACUGCACUAAGCCGUCUUGGAAGCCCAAUUUGUUGUCCAGACCGAGAAGUUAAAGAGUUUGGAUUUUAAUCUACAAGCGAAUUCUUAUCUAGUUCAUAGCCCUCUCGAAGAUGGCUCGUAGCCGGAUUUGGAGGUACUUUGACAAGCUGGACCAAAACACAGCCCAGUGUCAGAUUUGCGAGAAGACAGUCAAGACCAGCGGCAGCACCACCAAUCUGAUAAAACACAUGAAAACCCAUCCCCAGAUUAAUAUGGCCGAUAAACAGGCAAUAAUAGCUCGGGCCAUCUUAAAACGAAAGCUUUUACAUAGCCCUUCUGGCUUUGGCCGCCAAUCAUUGAUAAAAACAUUCAAGGAUGAGAACACAGAAGCUGUAAUCAAGUACGAGAAACGAUAUCUGCCGGGGUCAGUGGUGGAAAUAGCCUCAGAUGGUAACGAAUGGGCAUCAACUGAAGCUUUAACAGACACUCUAGAAGAAAUCCCCUGCUCCGGAGACAUUAUCGAGUUUGAGUCCAAGGAGAAUGUGGAAAAAGCUGAUAAAUGUAACCAAUGCCAAAUCUCAGAUAUGGAUAAGGAUGGGUUUGUCCAAGAAAUCAGAAAGCAAUCUAAACCGAGCAGCAGGUCCAAGAACCAUUCCUUUCAUCGGCAUAUGGCCUUCUUCGUUUGCCGCGACCGCCAACCAUUAAAUGUAAUCUGCGGAGAAGGAUUCCAACACCUGAUAAACGUGCUGUGUCCCAUCUACAAACCACCUAGUCCUUUGGAACUGCAGACUGUUAUCUCCAAGGAGUUCAAGAAGCAGACGACCAAGCUACGCAAACGACUGUCCUCUUUACCCACGCUUAGUAUCAGUUGUUCCGUGGCAACCACAAAAAACCAAAAAAGCUGGCUUGAAAUGGUGGUCCAUUUUCAAGAGCAGGGAAACCGAAUAAAUCGAAACCUUCCCGCCCAAGCACUACCAGAGACCUUCACCGCUAAAAACGUGAAACAGUGCUUCGAAAGAAUGUGCAAGAAGUUCGACAUUUUAAAGUCAAAUAUAACCUGUAUCGUUACUAUGAGGUCUCCCCUUUUGGAGGACGCGGUGAUCUCCUUUCUCAGUGCCCAACGCCACUUGCCGUGCUUUGGCAACUUUAUGAUCUCCGUUUUGGAGGCCGUAAUGCAGCGGCCCGUAGUAUGUGAAUGGUGCCAAAGGGUGAGUCGUUAUGUAGAACGGCAAAAGGUGCCUCAAAUCCCGAUGAAGAGACAGCAACCCGUCACAGACUCGAUGGAUCGACCACUUAGUUUGUACCAAAUGUUAAAAGGGUACCUUAAAAACAAACUCCUCAAAUCGAAUAGUUGGGAACCACCACUUUCUUCUGAAGAAGAGGAGCUAGCUCACGAGGUAGUGGAUUGGCUAAGACCAUUGAUUAGUUCCAUUAAAGAGCUGUGUCGAGCAAGUUUUUCGAGUGCUAGCCAGGUUCUGCCAAUCACACUCACCCUAAUUAACGAACUAAGGCAGGAGAAGACUCAGGUGCACCAGAUUAUACAGGAUCUGCGCAUAUUCACGGUGCAGCGACUGCAGGAGCACUUCGAGUUCCUCGAGAGAAACAAACAGUUGGCUAUGGCUACCCUAUUGGAUCCCCGGUUUCGAAAAAUGCCCUUCCAGAACAGUGCUCUUGUGGCCAAGUACAUGAAACAGUUGUACGACUUAAUUCCAAGGAAUAAGAAAACAGGCGAGCUUGUUCCACUUGAUUCUAGUGAACAUUACGACAUCUGGUCGGCGUAUUAUAAGUUUUCUCUCGGGGAAAACAGCACUUCUCAAGAAAAUCCGAGUGACAAACAGUCAGUCAUCCCCAUUUACGAGGACGAGGUAUCUAGUUAUUUUUCCUCUCCAAUUAGCUCGGUGCGGGCUGAUCCUCUGCAGCUGUGGCAGGAGCUGGCUCCUGCCCACCCCUCCCUAUAUGCUGUGGCACAAAAGUACCUUCACAUUCCCGCAACGACUAUGCCCUCGAUACAAGUCCUUACUUCCGAAGGGUUUUCCCAGGUGGAGCAGAAUUCAAAGCUGUUGGAAAAUGCUAUGGAUAAAGUUAUAUUUUUGUCUAAUGUUCCUACGGAUGAAUGGAAACUAUAAGCAACAAACUCCACAGUUAUAAAAAAGGAUUUUUGGUAUAAGGAUUUAAUGACGACGCUGUAGAAUUGUAUUUAAAGAAGAAUAAUGCGAAUCCCUUUAAGAAAUUAUUAAUGUAAUAACAGUACACCUGGCCGUUGUUUAUGUCGAAAAAGAAGAAACUUCACAGGUUGUAUAAGGCGAUUGAUUGAGGCGAAAUUUGAUUACAAUAAAGAAAUUUGAUCAUUUAUUUAAAAUUAA